CAUAAACAUAGAUACUGAACAAGAUACCGCAAUUUAGGAGUAUAAUGGCUGAGGCGAGAACAUGCCUUUGCAGGUCUUGCUCCAAGCUAUAACGAUAUAACCAUUCCGCCACCGCAAACAUCCUUUCCGCUUGCUCAAUUGCAUUAAUGAGAAAUUCACUACUUCUUGGGAGCGGACGCUUCGUAGCGAACGCGAACACCUCCGGCUGUCGCUGUCGGCCGGGCAGGAGCCAUAACUUACUUUCCUUGCACCAGAAGCGUUGCGUUGCUAAAAGUGUUUUGUCGGCUUCUAAUGUGCCAACCCAUUUGGAUAAGGAGCGUCGCGAACAGUCACAGUCGUUGGAGCGCAUAAUCGAUGGUCUCGAAGUUGACAGCAUAGCUGCGCUGGCCUUCCAUGACCCUGACGACAUACGCGGGCUGGUGGCAACGGAGCCAGUAAGGAGUGCAGCGUUGAUAACAGUCCCUAUCAGCAGCACGGUAGCUGUCGCGGUGGAUGACAGCGGCCAUCUCACGGUUGUAGCGCCCCCGGACAUCCCUCCGAAUGUGAAGAAGGCAAUAGAAGCCGUGGCAGUUCUCGUGCGCGACUCUCCGGACCCCCAGCUUCUCAUCCUUGCCGUACUGCUGCUGUGGGCUCGCAAGUACGGCAACGCGGCAUGGCAGGAGUACUGUGCCGUACUGCUGCCUGCACCUCGGGAGCUCAGCUGCUUGCUGAACUACACCCCGGGGGAGCUCUCCACGCUUCAGCUGCCACACUUGCGGGACGAGGCCUCCCGCCAGCACGACUGGUGCCGCUGGGCUCACACCAUGUGGCUCUGCAGCACCAAUGGGGCGCUGCGGCGACUGGGGCUCGCGAACGACCCAUGGGACACCGCUUGGGCGCUUGCGGCCGUCCGCAGCAGGGCUGUGGAGUUCCCGCUGGGGUUGGGGCGGGCGGGCGGCGGCAGCGGUGGUGGCGGCAGUACGGCAAUGUACGGCAACCGUGGCGGUGCUGGCGGUAGCGGGAGUACGACAACGACGCGUGGGCCCUUCAUGUCCGUACUGGCGCCGGUUGUGGAUCUUGCGAACCAUAGCUCGGAUCCAAACUGUGUCGUACAGCUUACCACGGACCGCUCAAGGGUUGUCCUCCUUCCUCGCCGGGCCAUCAAAGCAGGAGAGCCGUUGACCGUUGACUACGGCUUUGCCCGCUCCUCCUUAGAACUCAUGGCCGAUUACGGAUUCGUUACAACCGGCAACCCCCACGACGGCGAAAUCCCCCUCCCUGGAUUCGAAAAGCUGCCGCCUCUGGAUCCAAACCGGCUGGAACGAGCGGCAACUGCCGUACAAAAGCGUUGGCGAGGUCUAGGGCUGGUUGCGGACCCCAGGCAGCGGCGGCAGCUGCUCUCGGCAGUGAUGGCGGGGGAGGACUGGAC